UCGGCGCGCGCCUGAGGGGAGGAGGAGGCAGGGCUUGGCUUCAUCUCUUCAGAGUCGAACGUGCUGAGUUCCGGCCCCACUUCCACAGGUUGGCAUCACUGUACUUCUGUGGAGAUGGCAGACUAUGGAGUCUCAGCUGGCGAGCAGGUCGCAGUGGUCUGGGACAGGUCAUCCCCCGUUGGGGCCCUGAAGGACUUGGUGGAUAAGCUGCAAGGCACAGCAGGCUCAGAGAGCCGGGUGUCGGUGGAAAACAUCGACCAGCUGUUACAGUCGGCUCACAAGGAGUCCAGCUUCGAUGUAGUCCUGUCGGGUGUGGUCCCGGGAAGCGCCACCCUGCACAGCACGGACCUUUUGGCAGAAAUAGCUCGGAUCCUUCGGCCAGGCGGUCGUGUGCACCUGAAGGAGCCCGUGGAGACAGCGAAAGUUGACAACAGCAAAGUGAGGACGGCUGAUAAGCUGCGCACAGCUCUGACGCUGGCUGGGUUUGUCGAAGUGACGGAGCUCCAGAAAGAGCCUUUAACUCCUGAGGAGGCACAGUCGGUCCAGGAGGUCCUGGGCUACCAGAGCGACAACCUCCAGUCUCUCCAGGUCACGGGCAAGAAACCCAACUUUGAAGUGGGCUCUUCAAGUCAACUCAAGCUUUCAUUUCCUAAGCAGUCCAAUCCCGCUGAGAAACCCGCUGUGGACCCCGCCACUGCCAAGCUCUGGACGCUGUCCGCCAACGACAUGGAUGAUGAGGGGAUGGAUCUCAUCGACUCCGAUGAACUGCUGGAUCCCGAGGAUUUGAAGAAGCCAGAUCCAGCUUCCCUGCGGGCUCCUUCGUGUGGGGAAGGGGGGAAGCGGAAGGCUUGCAAGAACUGCACGUGUGGCCUAGCGGAGGAGCUGGAGCAAGAGAAAGCCAAAGAGAAGGGCUCCCAGCCCAAGUCGGCCUGCGGAAACUGUUACUUGGGCGAUGCAUUCCGCUGUGCCAGCUGCCCCUACCUGGGGAUGCCGGCCUUCAAACCCGGGGAGAAGAUUCUGCUCAAUGAGAACAACCUACAAGACGCCUAGAAGACCACCCGUCACGGGACUUGUAUGUGGCCCAGCUGUUCAAGCGCUCACUCUAGCCACCCCUCACCCUCACCUCCCUCCCCUCAUCUCCUGGUCCACUCCUCACGAUGGGAUUUCAUUACAGAGGGCUGGGGGGUGGACGGUGGGGAGGAGGGAGGGGGAGAGGAAAGGCCUGCUUGACUGCGCAAUGUUGUGGGAACCAAAGGGCCGCAGUGUACUCCCACCUUAUUAAGUGGACAUUGGACCCCUGUCUUAAGGAAUACCACAGUCCAGCAAAGGCUGUACCCCGAAGAAGCCAACCUCCUUGUGUCAAAUAUUGACCCGUCUGUCGGAACUCGAAACCCCAACCGUCCGUUACCUCGGUCUCUGUGGAUCGUAUCACUCUAAAAGCGUUAUCCUUGAUGCGUCAAGUGUGUGGUAGACCCCAGGCCCCCGGCCAGUGUCCUGGUCUCAGCAAUAGCUCAAACUCCCGCUCCUCCGUAGGCCAUAGAGCUGGUUAACUUUCAUUUCGUGGGCGAAGUUGUCAGCAGAAAAAAUUAGACUGGUAUAUGGUGAACUCCCAACUGAAUGAGGAUCAGGCAGCCCUUCCUGCCCCAGGACAGACCACUGACUCCGGUAGGCAACUUGCACUGAAUCUGUGUCCUCUUGCCGUGUUAUUGUAGAUGUUGAAGUAUGACAGCCCUAAUACCAACUUGAGAGAGAGAGAGAGAGAGAGAGAGUGUGUGUGUGUGUGUGUGUUUGUGUGAUGUGACUGGCAUGGGAAUCCUUGAAAAACAGCCCCAGUCUGAGGUAGCACUCAUUAGCAUAGCUGGAGCUACAUGGGGGUGUCCAUGUCACAAGCAAAACACUCAGCCUGGUGAUAUGGGAUGCACCCCCUUCUCCCCCGGGCUACUCUUAAUAAUGGGGUUUGGGUCUUCCCUGCAAGAAGGUGAUCUUGUUCCUGGCCUUUACGGACUCGCAACGUAAAGCAAACGAGGGGAGAUUGUGUGGAUUUAGGGAAACUGGAUUUUAUGCCCUGGGAUCAAUAAAUAUUAAAACCAAAUGUCCUCGAGUA